AUGGCUGGACAAGUGUAUAAGGAUAAGGCUACAUUGAAAGAGGUGAUGGAGAAUUAUGCUAUAUCUCAAAGGUUUCAAUUCCGGGUUGAUAGGUCUAAUGCUGUCAGGUAUGCAUUAUUAUGUAUUUCAGAAGAUUGUGAAUGGAGGUUUAAGGCUUCAAGCAUUAACAAAUCAGAACUAUUCAAAGUGAGAGAAUUCAUUGAUAACCAUACAUGUCCGCUGAAGGACAAGGUGUAUGAGCAGCGGCAGGCAAGUAGCAGCCUUAUAGGUGGUAUGAUUAGGCCUAAGCUUACUAAUCAUAAGAGGAAAUACACCCCAAAGGAUAUUAUUGAUGAUGUGAAAUCAAAUUUAGGUGUAGAUGUUAGCUACAUGUUGGCGUGGAGGGCUAAAGAAAAGGCAAUAAAUUUUUUGAGAGGUGAACCGGCUGAUUCAUACAAAAAAUUACCAGGAUACUUAUAUACAAUGGAUAUGACAUAUCCAGGUUCCCACAUCAGAAUGGGGUUUGAUCAUCGUAGACCCAUUGUUGUUGUGGAUGGAAGUCACCUAAAAUCUUACUACACCGGGACAUUCGUUUCGGCAAGCACGUUGGAUGGUGCAGGUCAUACAUUGCCACUAGCAUAUGGUGUUAUUGAUUCAGAGAACGAUGCUACUUGGACGUGGUUCUUUGAGCAAUUCAAGAUAGCAUACGGUGACAGGGAAAACAUGUGCAUCGUUUCAGAUAGAAAUGAGAGUAUCAUUAAAUCUGUAUCGAGAGUGUAUCCAGAUGUACCGCAUUUUGCUUGUAUAUGGCAUCUAUGGAACAACGUAUAUAAGAAAUUCAAAAAGAGCCAUGCCAAGUUGAGCGAGAUAUACUUCUCGAUGGAAAAAGCAUACACACAAGCUGAAUUUGACAGUCUGAUGGAGAAGGUGGAGAAGGUAGAUAUUAGGGUGAAAGAAUACUUAGAAUCAGCUGAUACCAGGGGAUGGACAAUGACGUCAAAUAUUGUUGAGUCAAUCAAUGCAGCACUAGUUUCAGCAAGGGAAUUGCCAAUAUACGACUUCCUCGAAGAAGUUAGGAAGAUAUUUGGACGUUGGAAUUGUAGUAACCGCAAAGAAGCUACACAGACAUACACGACGCUUGGAAAAAAAUACCAGGAGAUGCUGACUUUGAAUAAGACAAUGUCUACACGUAUGACUGUGGUACCAUCAACUGAAUACUUACAUACGGUUAACGAUGGAGGGAGGCAUUACAGAGUCUGCCUGUUAGAGAGAAAAUGUGUUUGUGGGAUGUUCCAAGUUGAUGAAUUACCAUGCCCACAUGCCUGGGCUGUAUUGAAGAGCAAGUUUCUAAUGCCAGAAGAAUAUUGCUCUAACUAUUACAAACCAAAUACUGUUGUAAUGACAUACGAUGUGCCUGUGUACCCGCUACCGGACAGAAAUGACUGGAACAUACUAGCACAUGCUGCAGAGGAGGUUGUACUACCACCCAAAUGGAAAAGACCUCCUGGAAGGCCAAAGAAGAAGCGCGAUAAACCUUUAAGUGAGUUGCCGCAGCCGAAAAAUCAACAUUCAUGUAGCAUAUGUGGGCAAGGAGGACAUAACAAGCGAACGUGUAGAAAUGCUCCACAUAGCAUUUAG